GUUUCCUGCUGACGCGGGAGAGCCGCGGAUGGGCAGGAAAGGCCGCCGUCGCCUCUCCUCCCGCCCGCCGCCCCUGCCUCGCCCUUGCUCGUCCCGCCAGCCGCAGCGCGGAGCGGCCCGGACUGAAAGCUCGCCGGGAGAAGCGGGUGGAAAAGGCGCAGGUGCAGGGCAGGCCUGGGGAAUCACAAGGACUGGGCGGCUGCGCUGAGGGGAGGUCGCCGGCCGCGAGCGGACAUGGCAGCCCCCGCUUCUUGAAUGCUGACAGCCGCCCCUCUGCCGCCCAUGGCCGAAGCCUGGAGGGUGGAGCAGGACGAGGAGGAGCUGCGGGAGGUCGGCAGGAGGUACCGGAGGGUCGACCUGAGCUCGGCGGCAGAUCGCUCUGAAAGAAAUAAACCAGACUGCCGCUCUUCAGGCCAAGGACCUUUGUCAUCCAUAAGAGCAGCAAUCAAGAGAUCUUCUCGGACCUCUAGCCAUAGUGAGCAGCAGAGGGAUAGAAGGCGUCCUGAAAUUACAAUAGUUGCUGCUGAACCCCUCCGGACAUCAUCCUGGUUUCCAGGUGCGAGCCCUGUCACUCCUCAUGGAUUAGGAUACCCUUCUGCUUCAUCUCAUGCACAGUGGAGGAGAAAUGAGCGUAUUCCAGCUGAGCUUCCACCAUCAUAUGAGCAGGUAAUAAAAGAAAUCAAUCAGGUUCAAGUCAAUACAACAAAUAACAAUAAUGCUGCUGCUCCUAGACAUACCACUACUUCUGCAACACAAACUGACUUUCCAGAGGAACCAACCAGCCAUUUGCCAGGAAGUAAUGUAAAAACUAGUGUGCCUACACACUGGGAAUCUGCAGGCUAUCCAGGGCAGGGUCCUCUUAAACCUCCAAGGCCUUCUGCAUCUCUUCUGAAUAGGUCUCCUUCAGAAAAUGAGAAUCCCUUAAUAGUCUUUGAAGUUUCUGAAGGUCAGAGGUGCCAAGAAAAUGCCAAUGCUGUGAUAUGUCCUGUGCCAAAGCCAAGAUCAAGAAGCAAUCUCAGACCUGUGGUCAAAAAUACAGAAAGGAGUGUAGACAAUGGAGAAGUGAACCAAUGUAGCACAGAAAGACACCAACCUCCAAUUCAGCAGUCACCACUCUUAGAUGAUAGCCUACUAGACAAUCACUUGGCAAUGGACAGCAUGAGUACAGAAAAGAGCCAAAAUAGUAUUGUUUCAAGGAUCAAAGUUUUUGAAUCCCAAGGAAAUAAUGAUACCUCAGGAUUAUCAAAAAAGCCAGAAAUUGCCCGUCGUUCACUGCCCCCAAGACCUGUUACUGCAAAGAAACCAGUAGUUGCUCCAAAGCCAGGGGUAAGCAGAAUUUCUGGAGACUGGGAUGCAUGGACAGAAAGCAAAUCAACACCUUCCAAGGAAUUUCAGCCUCAGCCAGAAGUAGCUGGGAGUAGUGCUGUAACCAAACCUGAACUGCCAAAGAAGCCCAAAUCUGGCCUUGUUAAAAGUAGUAGUAGUGAUAUUCUUGAUGCAAGGAGUGGAUUAGUUUCAGAGAACAGCGAUGGACACAAGAAAUUUCCUGUUCCUGCUCCAAGACCUCUCAUUCCUAAAAAGUCACGUUGCACAGAAAAUCCUGCUCUUUCUUUGGCCUCAUUAAAACCGAUUGCUGCUCCCUCACGGGCUUCUGUGUCUGCCCAAGAAGACGUUUUCAAGUCUUUGGGGGAAUCAUCACCUGCAGCCCCAGCCAACUCCUCAGCACUUGCUUUGCAAAAUAAACUGGAUGUGGAAGGAGAUCUCAUCAGUUUUGAUGAUGAUAUUUUGCCUCUAAGUCCAGCUUGUGUAGUUAAAGAUGGCAUCGGUUCUCAAGCAGCAGCAGAUCCGUUUCAGUUCCUCACCAAAAGUGAACCUGCAAAGGAACAGACAGCUCAACCAGCUUUAGCCCGGAAACCCACUGUGAUCCGAAUCCCAUCUAAACCUGGGAAACCUUUAAAUGAAAUCCCGCAUAGCCCUCCACCACUUCCUGCUGAAAAGCCUAUUGGGAACACCUCUGAUAUCACAGUGGGAAAACCCAACAGUGGUGACCUAGUGGAGUUGGGUCAUUCAGAACAGGGUGCAGGGCCUCAGCUAGAACCUGUACUACCCCCAAGGCCUGUGGAUGGAAAAAUUGUACCUGCUCGACCUCCCCCACCUAAAGGUGCUCCUGGAAGGCCACCUCCACCAAAACUGUCUGCAGCCAAGAUCUCCUCCCGGAAGGAAGCUCUUUCACGAUCUACUUCUCAUAUUGCUCCUGAUAAAAAACCCAACAAGUUCAGAGUGGGACCCAAAAGAUCAAAAAGCCAAUUCUUUAAAAAUCCAGAUCCAGCAUUACCUCCUAGGCCUAAACCAGGUCAUCCUCUCUACAAUAAAUACACGCUGCCUGCUCCUCAUGGAAUUGCCAAGGAAGAAUGUCUUCCCAGGAACACUGGAGAAUUGUCCUGUAAGGAUUCAAACCACCCUCCAAAAGUUUCUGACACAAGUGCACCUCAUGCUGUAGUACUACAUGACUUUCCAGCAGAGCAUGCUGAUGACUUGGACCUUCAUUCUGGAGACACCGUUUAUCUUUUGGAGAAAAUCGAUACCGAGUGGUACAGAGGAAAAUGUGGGAGUCGCACAGGCAUAUUUCCUGCCGGCUUUGUCAAAGUAGUUAUUGACAUUCCAGAAGAGGAGGGCAACAGGAAAAAAACACCCUGUUCAUCACAAUGUAUUAAAGGCCCAAGAUGUGUAGCACGAUUUGAAUAUAUUGGAGAUCAGAAAGAUGAGCUCAGUUUUUCAGAAGGUGAAACUAUUUCACUUAAAGAAUAUAUAAAUGAAGAGUGGGCCAAAGGAGAGCUCAGAGGCACAUCAGGAAUUUUCCCCUUGAACUUUGUGGAAGUAAUUGAAGAUCUGCCUGGAACAGGUAUGGGAGCAGCACUGAAGAACAAGGUGGAGGUUUCUUCUUCCCUUCCUCAGAACACCAGACGCCCAGGGGAGUGGUGUGAAGCGCUCCAUGACUUUACAGCAGAAACCAAAGAUGAUUUGUCCUUUAAAAAGGGAGACUACAUCCAAAUACUGGAACAAGUAAAUCCAGAGUGGUAUAGAGGAAGGCUUAAUGAAAAGGAAGGGAUUUUCCCAGCAGUUUUUGUCCAGAUCUGCUCAGCUAGGGUAGAGUUGUCACAGUCUGGAGGAGGGAAGAAAAGCAAAGCCAAAGCUCUUUAUGAUUUUCAUGGAGAAAAUGAAGAUGAGCUGUCCUUCAAAGCGGGUGAUACGAUAACAGAGCUGGCAUCUGUAGACGAGGACUGGAUGAGUGGAGAGAUACAAGGAAAGUCUGGGAUAUUUCCCAAGAACUUUGUUCAGAUCUUAAAAACACCAUGAAGUGUUGCUUGUCUUUGUACUCCCCACACAUAGGAGAGAAUGUUUUCUAUCCUAAAGACACAGCAAUGACAUCAACGUGUUUAGACUGUCAAUGUUUUGCACUACUUUUUCUAGACAGUCAUACUCAUAUCUCUAAGUCAAAUAAGAACAUUUUAGUCUUUUGUGACAGUGUAUGUAGUCAUGCUUCACAAAUGCUCUGAGAGCAAGUAAAAAGCAGGAUUCUUAGCAGUUUCCAAUUAGGGAAAUACUGUGGUGCAACACCAUUUUAACUUAAGUAGCAUUCUAGUAUGUUUACUAUCUGGUAUUACACUUAUCAUGCCAAGUCUGCAUAAAGUCAGCUUCUUUGGGCUUCUUUAAAAACUUUAAACAAAAACUGAAUGUAAAAUAUUAUUGUAAGGGUGUAAUUACAGCAUUCAGUGGUAGAUCAAGUUUGAUAUUCAGAUUUCAUUACUGCUCAACUUCCACGUUAGCGGUAGUCUCCCCUUGAUUUAUGACUUAGAGAAUAAGGACGAUAACUGAUACUUCAUAGCAGAAAACUAUCAGAUCUCAUACUGGUAAGAGGGAAAACUCAGAAGCAAAUCCGUGUGUAGUAUUCUUCUAUUCUUAGUCCAAGCUGCUCAUUCAAGAAGGUGACAAAAGUAAAACUUUUAAGUAUUUUGCCUCUCAACAAAUAAUGUUCAAAUUGAUGUGAAUCAUCUUCGACCUUCCUCCUUUGCCCUAAAUCCUUUCCAGGUACAGGUUUAGAUUUUCUGCUGCCCUCUGUUCUAUGAGCACCAUCGUACCCUUCUUUCGCAGCUGAAGUUCAUUGUGACAGCCAGCAUUUACUGAGCUUUCUCAGAUCCCUUCCAUACAGUAGCUAUACUAUUCCAACUAUGUGCCCCUCCACCCCCUUCAUCUAAGUGGAAAGCCAGUCCUCACUCUGUCUGCAUUUCAUUUGUUGCUCAAGCACUGGAACAUACUUCAAGAACCCUAUUCCUAUCCUUAACAUGAAGGAUAUUACACAGCCUUGGUUUCAGCUUUCAGCAGACAGGGGAUUAGUUUUCAGUUUGUUACCACAUACCAACUAUAUACUGAGCAUCAUUAUAAAUAGUAUGGCGAUGCCUUAAGGGAAACACGCCUGACAAGGGCUUACUUCAAGAAGCUCUAACAAAGGCAUUUAGUAAAAAGCAGCAGUGUGACUGGAAUGACAAACUAAGACAGACAUGAUCGAGGUAGCUUCACAUUAUAGGAACUUCUAGCAGUAAAUCCCUUUUUGCAACACUUGGUUCCUGACAAAAUACUUAAAUGCACCUUGAUUAAUUUAGCUGCUAACUCCAUCAGCCUAGAGUAGAAAAAAGCUAUGCUGCAGUUGACUCUCUCAGUGCUGACAGUGUGCCAUCACUUUUGUACUCCAACAAAAAAGAACCAGUGAGCUGUUGGCAUGCGUCAUCACUUCAGGGAGACGGAGGUCACUAGGCAGCAAGAUACCCUUAUGGGGUUUUUCUUUGUGGGUCUGGGAGUUCAGGUUGCAAAAAGGCCAACAGUUAUGGGGUAGAUGGAGACUGGAAUCAUCGUGACUGACCUUGGGAUAGAUAGUUUUGACUUGGCCAUGUGCCUGCCUGUAGCUUUAUCAAUACCAGGUCUUAUGGCAACCAAGAGCUGCCACUGCAAAAGAUCAAGGUACAUCUAAAUGAGUGUCUAAUGGGGUAGCCUUCCGCUCCUACGCACAGCCAGUACCAUCACAUCAGGCAGGAACAAGCUGACAACCAAACCUGAACCAAAGGACUGUCCUGCAGAAGGAAUGGGUGUCCAGUCUCAGCAGCAGGCUGGAGCUCAGCAGAAAUGAGCCUGAGGAACAUGCAGCACCACUUUGCUCGUCCCAGUCACUGCUAUGUCACAGUACUUGCAAAUACAGACACAGGCCUUAGCCCACAGGGUUGUUGGUUUUUUUUUUUCCUCUAGAAGCUACAUGAAUAUGAGUGUUGUGUAUUUAAACUGCUCCAAUACCAUUCACACAGCUGGGAGACGGAGAUCUCACAAAGUUUUAAUGAGCUAAGAACUGGUUUUCUAUUUUCAUUCAGGGGAUUAACAUUCCAAAACCAGUUCUAAAUUAUGUGCCAUUUGAGAUGUGUAGAAACAAAACAAGUUGAUGCAGCUAUUAGUCAGUUUUACCAUCCCCAAGCAGGCCUCUGCACAACUCCCAUGGAAUCAAACUUUAACCCAAGUCCACCUCCGAAGACAGCCCUUCCCACUCUCCAAGCUCUCUUGUCAGGAGAGUCCCAAGGUUCUUAUUGUUUAUUCCAACAAAAGAGCCAUCUCCUCUUAGAGAAAUCCAAGGAAACAAACCUACAGCUAGGCAGCUUUCCUGACUUCUGCAAGCCCACCCAAAGACUUUUCAACCAUAGAGUGGGUCGCUCUAUUACAACAGACUUCUUUCAUGACCUGUGCCAACACAAUUCCCAACCCUCCAGCGAGGGCUGAGGGGGGUGAAACAGCAGAACCAAGCAAAGCCCACACCAACAACCACCACCCAGUUCCUCCACCAAUGGGGCCACAUCGCCUGCGUGCUGGAGGAGGCUUCAGUGUAGGAUGUUUACUUACUGUUUGUCUGGCAGUUUUCUAAGAUUUUGAUACCAGCCUCAAAAGCAGAACUGAUUUUUUUAUAUUUUUGGGUUUUUUUCAAUUUCCUCUUGCCCGUUUUUAUAAGUGUGUAUUGACCUGUUGUUUUUGUAACUUCCACUGAAUGUGUAACGUCAGUGCCUGUCAGUGGAUGAGAGCUGCGCUGCGUUCCCGUGCCGGCUGCUCCCCGCGGCGCGGGGCGGGAGGAGCAGCAGCACAGCCUCACACCGCGGCCCAGCAGCGAGGCAGGGAGGGCGUGAGUGCCCCCUGAAGGCUGCCGGCCCUCCUGCAGGCAGCCGAGGCCAACGCAGCCAAGUUCCAUGCUUGGCUUUUAUGGGAAGGCCUUCUCUUUAAGACUUGAUGCCUAAUACCGUCACGAAGCUCCGUGCAGAUCGUAGCCUAUGGUGGACAGUACAUGCUCUUCAAAAAAGCGAGAAUGAGGUGGAACUCAUCCCUCAUGAGGUGGAAUCCUAACUGUGAUAAAGUAGCAAGUUUCAGCCGUAAUCUUGAAAUUCAGCUAGACCUUAGUAUGAUAAUCAAAGCCUCAUUUAUCAAAACAUUUUCUGUUUGACCCACCCUCUGGAAAUAUCUUCAGGAAGGUGGUUUUGCUCCUGUGUACAAUUAACAGCGUCCUAAGUCCAGUAAGUUUGUUAUGGUACCUCUGUAAAUUAAGAAUGUAU